ACGUCAGUCUUCUCAAACGCGGAGAACAGGGUGGACACAAACUCGACGACACGAGUGCGAGUUUUCUUCCAGGUUUUAAAAACUAUAAUACCAACAAAGUGGCUGGCCGGUGCUGUCAAAAAGUGAACAUCUCUUGUGUAAAUAUUACACGCACCUGUUGUGACUGUUGAACGUGUGGCCGCGUGAUAAUUCGUCAACGACCCGUGUCCAUAUCCGUCGACUUUGUGUGACCAAUCAAAUUGAAUCGAAAAAAACAUUUUAUUGAUUGAUCGGGCCAAUAAGGGAUCGGCCCUUGGAAUUUGAAUUUCCAUUUUUUGGUGAGGGGCAUCGCUGAUUGCGGUUUGUUUCACGGACAGUUGAGUUUUUUUCAUGGGAUUGGACAUCGUAAAAAUAUUAUAGCAACUACAUAGACAAGAAGAAGAAGAAGAAAAGAGGCGUGCCAACUGCUGCCCAGUUUUGUUGUUCCACUCACCUGUUGUGUGCGAAAUCUUUUCUCCCUAACGCGAACUGAUAUAGCGCGCGCCGAAUAAGUGUUGUUGUUUUUACGAGAAGCCAUCAAACAAGCCAAAAGCCAUCGACCACUUGGGCUCUUUUUGCCCAUCGACUCGAUCGCAGGAAGCCCCUCAAGUCAUCAACGGUUUUCUCAAAAAGUUAUUAUUUUUUUUUUCCCUUUCGGUCGCUGCUGCUGCUGGGGCUGAUGCUUUGAUUGCUCGUCUUGCGGUGGUGUCUAUCGGACAACCGAGUGUUUUUUUCUCUCUCUCUCUCCAACAAGCCAAAUUGUUGUGGAAGGUCUCUCUGUCUAUCCCUUGGGUUGGCAGCAGCGCCGAAGAGUUGAAAAGGAAACACAAAAAAGCCCCCGGAGCCGUUCUCUCUCUCUCUCGCUCGGCUCUGUUUCUAUCCAUCGUUGCAGCAGACGAUUUUGAAACACGCGCGGGUACGGUCCGACGAGUUUGGUGGUCGCCACCGUGUCACGUCACGACUCUGUGCGCUUCUCUCUAUUCCCUUAUUCGUUCGUGAUAGUGCAUCAUCAACAACCAUCGCCUCCCCAAUUGUCUGGCUGGCGCAACCCCUUCGUCGACCUAUCGUCAACUGUAAUCAUCUCGAAGAAAAAUAACUUUGAUUUUGGUUGUUUCAUUUAACGGUGAGCUUUUGACUGGGUCCCACCGGACGAUCGAGAUUUGGAUGAAGAAAGAAAGAAACAAAAGACUCUUGCUGCUGCUGCUACUACUCCUAUAAAGAUUUGAGAGAGUUAACCGGUCCCUCUCCGGAGAAAUCUCUUUCUCUCUCUCUCUGUCCACCUUAUCUUCAUUGUGGAGGGGCGGUGGUGGUGCGGGGGGGAUUUUAUAUACAUCGAAUCGGAAUUCCACUCGACCCGUGUGUGUGUCUGUGUGUAUCGGAACUCUUAUAUACGAAAAAAAAACAAGAUACAUAUAGCCCUUAGAGCACUGUACCUUUUGUUACCUACAGCGAGGCCGUAUGCUAAUGCUCUCGGCUCCUUCAUCCGUUGCUCAUCCACCGCGCUCAACUACUAGCAGCUCCUGCCCGUUUUGAAUAAUAACACGCGCUCCAACCCUCUCUCCCGGUAUACCCGGAGUGGAAGAAGUCAUAAACAGGAAAGAAGAAGAAGAAGAAGAAGAAGGGGGAAAAAAGAAGAAGAUUUACACCCAAAAAAUAAGCAGGCGCUCCGCUACUACCAAGAAAGAAGAAGAAGAAGAUCGUCUGGAAUUCCAUUCUGGAAGCUUUGGAUUGCCCUACACGAGCAUGUGUAUUGAGGCCCCGUCGCCAUGCUGAAAUGGGCAAAGGGCUCGAAAAACGGCGGCCACAACAGUUCAACAGGCCAUCACUCGGGUUCGUCGGCGGCUCGUGUUAGCCUGGCCGACCUGCGACGCGCCUCCGCCAAAUUGCUGAGGAGGAAAGACUCGAGUUCCACCACCAAAUCCAAAAACAGUCCGGGGACGACGUCCAGCGCCGCAACGACUAUUAGCGGAUCACCUCCGCACGACAUCAAAACGGGAGCGACGACGUCAUCAGAUGGGGGUGGCUCGCCGCCACCUCCUUUGGUGCCUCCGCGCGGAUCCAGCGCCGCUUCCUGUCACGGCAUCCCCUCCUACGGCCAUUCCGGCGGAUCUGUGAUCAGUGCGGCCACGACUCCUUGUUCCGUCAGGUCUGCCAGUCACAAGGCCGGCGUCAUCAAACAGGCGACCGUCAGGAGAAUGUCCACCUUGCGGCAAGCCCGGUCCGUCUCGCCCGUCAAAGACAGGGGCCAGCAAAAGCGGCCGGAUUCGUCGUCGUCAACCAACUCGUCGUGUUCUUCAUCGAUAACCAGUCGACGAACGAGACGGAAACCGGCGGCCGUCGUCGACGACAACGGCAGCAGCCUCUACAUGCAGCUGGACAAGAUCCCCGUUGCUGUCCAACAGACGGCCGGUUCGUCCAGCUCCGCCUACAUGUCGGCCGCAGCGGCCAAUCUCAAGAGGAAAGCCCUGGAGGACAUUAGUAACCAGGCGUAUCGAAACAUCAUCCACAGUCUACAGAACGAAUUGGCCCAAAUGUCGGACGCUGAAGCCGAGGCCGAAGCGGCCCGGUCCGCAUCCGCCGAUGAAACUCGGACAUUGGCUGAAGCCACUCUCCUUCCCAUGAACCGAAUGGAAAUCACUCGGAGUUCCACCGUCCGUGCGCCCAAGGAAUGUGACAACGCCGAUCCGGUCCUGAAGCUACAAGUGUCUCCUUGUCCAUCCAUCAAGUACCAACAUCAGCGAAGCACGUCACAGCCGAUGCCGUUGAAGAAGCUGGAUGGAGUGGUGGCCUCUUUUACCAAUCAGCCGCCGGCGUCGAGUGACUUGCACCGCCCGCGACCCGUCCGUCACCCGCCGUCACCAACAACAGCCAACGAGUCGGGCGACAAUUUGAUGGAUCUAUCGAGCUUAGCUCUGGCGUGUAGCCGGAACGGCCUUCCAUCAACUCCGACGCCGUCCUCGGCUUGUCAUCCGUUCAAUGGGACGUCGUCGCCACUCAAGAAAUCAGCGCCCUGCGGCCCCCACAGCUCUACCGGUCAACACCUGCAUCAAUACGGGCCGGCCCGUUCGCUCGUCAGUCACGGGCUGUCCAUUGGGACGAGUAGCGCGGCGGAUUCGUCCAGAUGCCAAGACUCGUCCAGCCAGAACCACAAGAAGAGCCGGCCAAAUAAGCAAGUAACAUUCCAAACGGAAGCGAGACUCAUUGGCAACGAAUCCGUCACUCUGCCGGUCGUCUUUGAAUCGGACCGGGAAGACGGAGGUCAAACGGACGGGAUCAAAGAGCCGCAACCGUUGGAGAUGCCCGGCUUUGUCAACAUCCCCUGCAGUCGCAGAGGAUUCUGCCUGGAAUUGGAUUCGGCCAACGAUCUGCCGGAGGUGGGCAAACUCAACGAAUCCUGCGGCUCCAGCAGCGAGCAGACGACGACGGACGAGGUGGAUCAUCAUCACGUGGUGAAACGCGUCAUGUCGCCGGACGGCGGCUACGAUUGGCAGCCGUCCUACGUCAAUUUGGAGGACACGGAAAUCGCUCCCGUCCUGUUGGCGUCGUCACGACCGGCCGAUGAUUCCAGUGAUUUCUGGAAGCCCAGAUCCGUGGCUUCCGGUGGCCGACAGCAACAACAACUGGGCGAGCCACUGCAGCCCGUCUACGACGCGCCAAACAACAACAACAACAAAACCAUCGACGUGGAUAAUCCACUGCUGUUGGAAUUCCCUGGCUUCCGUUACGCCAUGAUGCAGCUACCUGGCAAUAACGCACUGAUGGAACGUCGCUCCAUUUCCAACGGCAGUUCCGGCAGCGACACGCAGGAUUCCGGUGUGGCGGAAAUGGCUCAAGCGCUUUCCCUGAGCCGGGCGGCCAGUGCUAGUCCGCAAUUGGCGGCCAGUAGGCAAAGCUUGGCCGAAGAUAUGUUGUUGCCCGUCCAACCUUUUGUGUACAACACGCUACCGCGGACGGAUAACAAGCGGAGCCUCUACUACAAUUGCUGGUCGAAUCAGUCACAGCAACAACAACAACAACAACAGCAGCAGCAACAACAACAACAGUCGAUGCCACUGCCCUCUGGGCCUUCCAGCGUGUACUCGACGACGGAUCCGCACUUUCUCUCGGCUCUGGCCUCGCCUUUCUUCAGUAGGCGAAUGCCGGAAGAGAAAACUCCGGCCUCUUCCUCUUCGUCGUCCACUUUGAUGGCCAAUGUGGAUCAGCAGGACUCGUCCUGGUCGUCCGAUCACUUGUACUGCAACAUGGCGUCGGUGGAUCCAUUGCCGAGUCUUCCGCCAAGAAUCUCCCGACGUUGCCAUUCGCUGCUGGCCCUGGCGUCGACCAAAACUGCGGCGACAACCGCGACGGGUGAGGCGGAGGACGCCGACUACGAGAACCUCAACAUGCCGUCGCAACCGGGCCAGCCGGUCAUGGCGUUCAAAGCCAGGCUCAACGUAUCGCACAGCCGGAGUCGCAGUCUACGGCAUUCCGGCGAUUUUACCAGCCCGUUCGGCUGGAUGAUCCCGCCGUUCCAGCAGUCUAAAACCAAAGAGCAGGAAAGGCGAAACGAAUUGAUUGAAGAAAUGGAAACCAAAGUCAUUGACGAGAAAGAAGAAAUUUACAAACGAGCCUCUUCUCGUCCAGUCUCGUCCAGGAGGCAACAACUGUUGCACGAAAGAGCUCACCGGUUGGAGCUGAUGCUCAACGACGCCUCGGUCAACGAUUGCUCGGAGCUGUACGAGCCGUCCGACUGGUCAAUGGAGGCCAUGCUGUCCGACACCGUCCGCGACAUGGACAACCUCUCUUUCAUGGACGGGCCGCAACAACCAAACAGCCGCAAUCACUGCCAGCAUUGCUGUUGCACAUCUGUCCGCCGCCCGCUUCCGCCACCAAUGACCCAGUGUCGAUGUCAAACGGCCUAUUCCAACCCUUCGCCUUCUUCAACAUCUUCGAGCGGAUCUUCCGGCGGAUCGUGCCAGUGCAGCCGCAAGAAGAAAUCGGGCGGAGCUAGUACGUACAAACGGGAGUCGAUUAUUCCGGUUCGGGAAAACGCUGCCACUCAGACGGAUUUGCAGAACGCCUCGGCGGCUUCGUUGAGAUUAGCCAGCCGGGCGACGGCCGCCGAGAAUCCGCUCUACAUGGCCUACAGCGAUUUGACUAAAAUCAACUGCGACGACUUGGAUCGUUCGGCUAAAAACGCGGCGACGAAUAAUGCCACGACUGGCACCCAAAUCGGCGACGAUUACGCGUCCGACAGUUGCGAAACUUGGAAUUCGCACAAGGCCCUUUACGCCCGCUUGCAGGCGGCCAAACAGAGUCGCGAAGUGACGACCCUGAUGGAGACGACACCGGUGAAAAAACGCAAUAACAACAAUAGGGGCCGUCACCACCACCACCAGCACAAUAGCAAGCCGCUUUCGACGCCCUCCGGUAGCCGGAUUUGGCGUCACGAUGGGCAGAGCGUCUCGACGCCUCAGAAGAAUCGACGGGACGGCGGCAGAAGGCGCCAUCAUCGCCGAAGAGGCUACUCCACCGUCAACACGACGGCCAAUUCCAGCAGCAAAAUGGACCAGACGGCCCUGAGUACCCGCAGCACAUACAGCACCAAGAGCUCAAACACCGUAAGGCGUCGCAAGAGCUCACGAAGACCUAAAGCUGCCGACGUUUUGCACGGAAAAGGACAGCUGCAAUUGGCGAUUUACCUCAAUUCCGGUCUACUGACCAUUCACGUUCAAUCGGCUCGCUACCUGAAAUCCAACAGCGGUAGACCUUGCAAUUCGUACGUCAAAGUGUCGCUGAUUCCGGAUAGUCCCGAGCAAACAUUUUGUCGGACCACGCUAGUCAAGAAUGACAACAAUCCUUGGUACGACCAGAAGUUCUCGUUCGAAUUCCUCUCGGCUGACCUUUACAAGCGACUCUUCAUCUCCGUUUGGGAUCGCGAUGCAAAAAAGAAUCGGAGCGAUUUCAGGGGCUGCAUGUCUUUCAGCGUCAGUCACGUCAUACGUAAAGACGCGAGCGGGUGGUACAGACUGUUGAACGGGAACGUUGGGCGCCAGCGUCACUUUGCCGUGAAAAAGCAAAUUGAUUUGAACAAUUCGACCAUCGUACCGACCGAUCCCGACAUGGAGGAGGAUCUGGUCGUCGUGGACGACAGUGAUUUGGACAGUAGAGUCGUAGAGGAACAGGAUCGGAUAAGACGAGGACCUAGUCCGUCGCCGUCUUCGAUCGGGUCGAAGAUGACAGGAUCGGACACCCGUCACACUCCCCCACGCUGUCCGACUUUGGAGAUGGAACCGAAAGGCAAAACGCCGUAUACGACCACCGUUAACCUCAAACGAGGUCCUAAAGGAUACGGUUUCUCCGUCACGUGGACACAUCCGCCGAGGAUCGAGCGAGUUGAGCCUGGAUUAGCCGCCGACUUGGCUGGCAUGCGCGUCGCCGACUACAUCGUCUUCGUCGGCAGCCACAACGUUGUUAAAAUGGAUGAAGAGCAAGUCCUUCAAUUAAUUCAAUCGGCCGGCGACACGCUGACAUUGGAGAUUUAUCGGAAGAGCGGCCAGAAACCGUCAGGAGGCGGAAGCGUCACUUCCGACCAGCUGACCGCUGCAGAGCUGCAUUCAGGCAGCAUCCAGCAGAGACAACUCAAAAGCCCGGUAAAUCAAUCGCAUAUUAGUGGCAGUGUAUCGAUGGCCGCUACGGGCCGAAUGCCAAUGCUGGCAUCCCACCAUCAGCAACCAUCGACUGUUGCUGCUGCAACGUCGGUCGGUAUCGGAGCUAGUGGCCGUCGCGUAGUAGUAGAAAACGCCGGCCAAGUGUCCUGGUAUCCGAGUAUGAACAGUGCCAGUAAUACUACGGCCCAACUGGGAAUUAACAUUUCCAAUGCUGCACCGCCACCGCUCAAAGUGGCAUUCAAUAAAUCAAUUGGCGGAGGUGUGCUCGUCUGAAAAUAAUGAUUGUCCUUAAAUCGUAUAUAAGAUUCCCCCCUGUAUCUUACCGUACUUUCCUUUUAUUUGACAUUUCCUUGUGUUCUCUAUUUUUUUACCUUCGUCUAAAAAUGUACCGUAUUACCUUUGUAAAAAAAAAAAAUAGAAUGGUAGACCACCAUAUUUUUUGUUUCCCAGCAUAUCCGUUCCCCAUGCACAUCUUGUAACGACAUUCGGCUGUACAUGUCUUUUGUAUUCAGUCUUUGGUAUUUCCCUGUGUGUCACGUUUUUUGGUGAUGCAAAACCUCUGUAUAAUAGAAGUCGCGCUCUUAUGUAUACUGCUAUUCCAUGUAAAUAAAAAUACUUCCCACAUUUA